AGAAAAAGAAAUUGUAGUUCAAAGAUGGCGCUACCCGGUGUUUCACUCGUGCGCCUCAGAGCGCUGUGCAAUACUGCUAAAUGUCUUCAUACAGUGGGCAAAUCAGCGUCAAACUGGGGCAGAGAGAUGCGGUGGUACAGGACAAAAGCCCGGAACUUUCAGGACUUCGGUUCGUCACAUUUACAGGAUAAACGAGCUAACGCGAAGCCAGAACUCCUGAAGGAGUUUCCAGACCCUAAAAACCUCCUGAAUAACAUUCUGGCCCGCUCACUGGGAGUCAGCGACCUGUCCCAUCUCAUCCAGUACAAUUGGACGGAGCAGGCGGGUGUCAAGAAAGCAACUGUCACGGUACUGUGGCCCUGCAAGAUUGAAGAGGAGGGUUUUGCCUCGAAAAAGCUUGAUGCAGAGCGAUAUGCUGCGGCUGCUGCUUGCCUCAAGCUCAGAGAAAUGGGUGUCAUCGGUCCAGACAACAAGCUCCCUCGGAGCAGAGCUGGCGGAGGCAGAUGGUCGCAACACUCAGCUCUUUUUGACAUUGAGGACGAUUUGGUGACCGAAAAUGUAUUUAGAGCCAAAUCAAAUGCACAAAAACAAUGGCUGGCCCCUGAGGAAGACAACUCCGAGAUCCACAAAGCUCUUUCCCUGUUUCCACAACCUAAAUCCCUCCUCACCAGGGUCAUCACUGUGGCCUCAUCAUCCAACAGAAUAAGGGAGUUACUGCAGUUCAGAACAACAGGAGGAAAGCUAAAGAAGUGUGAGCUGACCAUGCGCUGGCCAGAAAAGAUGACAUUCUCCGCCACAUCGAGAAACCGAGUGACUGCGGAGAAGUCGGCUGCAGCUCUCGCCUGCAUGAAACUGAAGGAACUGGGGCUGCUGGAUAAAGACAACAACCCACUGACUCAUGCCAGGUACCACAAACAGAAGGUGAAGGAGGCUGGAGAGCGAGAGAGGCGUCCAGUUCCCCUGGAAGUCCCACAACACCUGAAGGAACAGAUGAGAGAGUACCUUGCACAGUAUCCAGUGGCAACGGAAGUACAAAGCCUUUGGGAGGAGGAGGAGGCGAGAGAACAGCGGACAGUAAACCAGGAGGAGGAAGAGGGGGAGGAGGACUUGAGGGUGACGGAUGCCAUAACUGGCAGGCCAUACCGUCCUCUGUCGGAAAAGGAGGCCCAGGAGCUUAACUCCUACCUGCAGGAGGAAUGGGAGAGAGCGAACCCCAGGCUGAGUGCGGAGCUGCCCGUCGAUGCCCACCGUGAGCGCGUGGUGGCUGCGGUGCAGUCCUCUAGGGUGGUUGUGAUCGCCGGUGAGACUGGCUGUGGCAAAACAACACGGAUCCCUCGAUUCCUACUGGAGGGGAGUGUGAGAGGCGGCGAAGGGGCCAAGUGCAACAUCCUGGUGACCCAGCCCCGUCGGAUCAGUGCUGUGUCCGUGGCUCAUCGCGUCGCUCAGGAGAUGGGUCCAGAUCUCAAACACUCCGUGGGCUAUCAGGUGAGACUUGAGAGCCGACCCCCAGAGCACAGCGGAGGAGCCAUGCUCUUCCUCACAGUGGGUGUCCUGCUGAGGAAGCUGCAGUCCAACCCAUCGCUGAGGGGUAUCAGCCACGUGGUGGUGGACGAGGUCCACGAGAGAGACAUUAACACGGACCUGCUGCUGGCUCUGCUGCGCUCCAGCUUAAAGGAGAACCCAGACCUGCGAGUGGUGCUAAUGAGCGCUACUGGGGACAAUCAGAGGCUGGGUCAGUACUUUGGAGGCUGCCCAGUUGUGAAAGUGCCUGGGUUCAUGCACCCAGUGAGGGACAGAUUCCUGGAGGAUGUGCUGAGAGAGAUGGGACGGCGAAUUCCAGUCCAAGAGACAGUGGAGACAGACAAGCAGGGAAGAAAAGAGGAGAUUGCACCCGAUAUAGAUUUGGUAGCUGAUGUAAUCGAGCACAUUGACAGACAUGGAGAUCCAGGUGCAGUGUUGUGUUUCCUACCUGGAUGGCAGGACAUCAGGGCUGUUCAGGAGAAACUGGAGUCGAGGUCCCACUUCUCAUCAGGCUCACAGAUGAUUGUACCAUUGCACUCCAGUUUAUCAGUAGCAGACCAGCAGAUGGUAUUCCAGCACCCCCAAGUGGGUCAGAGGAAGAUUGUCCUUACCACUAACAUUGCUGAGACCUCAAUCACCAUAGAUGACAUUGUCCACGUGGUGGAUACAGGAACUCACAAAGAACAGAAUUAUGACCCUCUGACUAAGGUCUCCUGUCUGGACACAGUUUGGAUAUCUCGCUCUAAUGUCACUCAAAGAAAAGGGAGAGCAGGGCGAUGUCAGCCAGGACAGUCCUACCACCUGUUCCCACAGAAACAGCUGGAAUCCAUGACUCCCUUCCCCAUCCCAGAGAUUCUGCGCACCCCGCUGGAGAGUUUAGUAGUGCAGGCCAAAAUCCACAGCCCAAACUGCAAGGCUGUGGAUUUCCUAUCCCAAGUGUUGGACAGUCCAGAGCUGGAAGCUGUUAGAGAUGCUGUUCAAAAUCUUCAAGACAUUGGAGUUCUGGACGAGACCGAAGGCCUGACGCCACUAGGAGAGCGUGUCGCCUGCAUGUCGUGUGACCCCCGUCUGGGCAAAGUGCUGGUCCUGAGCGCCAUGUUCAGAUGUGUUCUGCCCAUGCUGUCUGUAGCUGCGUGUCUGACCAGAGACCCUUUUCACAACAGCCUGCAGAACAGAGCACAAGUUAUCAAGGCGAAAGAGGCUCUGAGUGGCUCCAGCUGCAGCGACUAUUUGGUGUUCAUUAGAGCUGUGUUGGGCUGGAGGAGAGCUCAGCAACAGGGGGACAGAGAGGAGAGAGAUGAAUAUCUGGACAAACACACCCUGUCGAGGUUCAGCCUUCGUUUCAUAAAUGGUCUGAUGACUCAGUUCAGCACAAACCUCCAGGAAGCCGGGCUGGUGUCUAAUUCCAAUGACUGCCAGCGUAACUCUUCUCGCUACAACGAGCACAGCAACCAGGAUGAGAUGUUGAAAGCUGUACUGCUGGCUGGACUCUAUCCCAACCUCAUUCAGGUCAAGAAAGGUGUUGUGACCAAAACAGGGCGCUUUCGCCCUGACAGUCUUUGCUUCCGCACAUUCAGUGGGCCGGUGCUGCUUCACCGCUCCUCAGUGAACAGAGGAAAAGAAGAUCUUCCCAGUCGCUGGUUGACGUUCUUCAGCGCUGUCAAGUCCAGCGGGAAUGUUUUCAUUAGAGACUCUUCUGCAGUCCAUCCACUUGCCCUGCUGCUGCUCACAGACUGUGACAUCAAUGAGACGGUCAAAGGAAACAGAGUGGAGGUGUCACUUCCUGGACACUUGCUGGUGCGCUGUGAGUUGUCAGCUGAGACCUGGGAGCUGCUGUGGGAGCUCCGUACUUCCAUCCAGACCAUGCUACAUCGCAACCUUAAUAAUCCCAGCAACGCAGUCACAAACUCCGCUCAAGACGGAAAGCUCAUCUCGUUACUUGUGGAGCUGCUCAACAAUACAGACUCAAACCCUUUUGCUCAGAACCACAACAGUGACAGUGAGGUGGACUGAUGACAUGGACCACUUUCUAAAUGUUUGUGUUGGAUCUGUUGGUUGGUACAGAGGAACCAGAAAAGAUGAUGGUAUCUCAUGUAUAUAGUUUGAUUUUGUUUUUUUCAAAGGUGCGAUAAGUUAUGAUAUGUAUAUAAGAAUAUCAGCUUAAAAUAUUAAUGAAAUUACUAAAAUGAUUAACUGAAUGUGAAGAAAUGACAGUUUUGAAGUUAUGUGUUAUGCUACAGAGACAUCUACUGAAGUAAGCAGGCAGCCCAGCUAGCCAUAGCCCAUCUUGUCUCGUAAUACCACUUUGUACCUCAAGAAGCUGACAACACAAGCCUCCCCCUGAGAUGUUUGCGAGAGGCUAUUUUGCUAAGUAUAACAAGCUCUCAGCUGUUUCUCACAAAACAUCAAGAAAGUAAAUAUUGUCACAUAUUUUCCUUAUUUAAAAAAAAGAAACAAAUGUAGACCUCUUGAAUUUAAGUUUCUCUCUUUUACUGAUUAAGGCCGUCAAGUUCAUUUAUGUUGGACCAUUCAGACAUGACACAACUCAAAGUGCGUUACAGAGACAUGCAAAUGCAUUAAAAUUAUGAAAAUGCCACAAUUGUAUUUAACCAAGACAAGCUUAAUUCCCUUGCUAACUUUUCUUGGAACACUCUGGUUUAAUGCUGCCCCCCAUUUGUAUGAUGAGUAUGAGUAGCCACAGGUAGCCAGUCCUUACACAUUACACCUUUUUGUUCGGAUAAUUUUUGAGUACUUGAGUGUGGAGUGAAUUUGCUGAAUCAAUCAUGACUCAUGAAGAGCAAAAACACCCACUGGACCGUUACUGUUAUUUUUGA